UUAGUAGAGAGUAAAAUAAAGACACUUUCAAACUGAUAGGACUUGGACAUUUUAUCUUCCAUAUACGAUUUCUCAAAAUGCUACUGGGGCCAGACUCCGCCAAAUAAGUAAUCGAUGCUCCCUAACUUCAGGGCCGCCCUGGGGGCGCGGGACACCUAGGGCCUUGGAGAAGCAAGCUGAGAACUUCUGCAGCCGCGAGGAUCCGCAGUCACUAUGGCAACCGGAGACGCCCGGCGUUCCCUAGGUAGCGCGCGGAGGAGCGGAGAAGGCCGGGGGCAGCCGGCGAAGAUCCCCGCGGCAUGAGGCGGGAGGAAGCGGUGGCGGUGACCUCGGUGGCGGCGCCGGAGCCGGGCCGCGACGGGGAACAGCCUCGGCCGCCGGCAGGACUAGGGUGCGGGGCGCGAGGGGAGCCCGGCGGCGGCGGACCCCAGGAGUCUUGCAAACAGUGGAAGAAAUUCUUGUAUUCAGAACCACAUAAGCGAAUUAAGGAAGUACUGGAAGAAGAACUUUAUAUUAAAAGAGACGAAUGCCACAUUAAAAACCCACCUGCAGUGGCCCUGGAAGGGAUUUGGAGCAUUAGAAGGAAUCUCCCUGUGGGAGUCUUGAAGCCAGGACUGCGGAGCAGAAACAGUAUGCUGCCACAAGCCAAGUACUAUUCGAGGCACGGAGGGCUGGGAAGUAAGAUCCGGACACUCCUGACUUCUGCUGAAGCCCCUGAGGGCGCCGAUUAGUUCACAGACCAGCGGAUAAGAUGAAUACAUUUUUCCAGCGAGAAGAAACUUCCUUCUCCUGAUGCCUGAAAAAACAAGAGCCCAAGCUUGUUUCACAGUUUAAGAUGUGUAAAAAAAAUGUAUAUUAGUCUGUAAUUCUAAUUAUUGGUAUUAAUUCCCCUCUAUAAAUUAAUCCGAGGCAAUGGAAGACUAUUGGCAAAGUUUGCUAAGCACCUGGAAACAAGGAAGAAGAAUAUUAUAUUUACUUUUAGUUGGCACAUUUGGAAUACAUUGAGUUGCUGAUUUAACUUAUUUUAUUAAAUGUGUGAAACAUGAUAAAACAAA